GCGCGCCCGCCGCCCUCGGCCGCCAACGGGCGGGUGGAACCAUCCGCGGCAGGAAGAGGGGAGCCCGCCGCGCUCGGGAUUCCCCCGGUGGCGAAUGGGCCGUCCCGUCUGCCCGUUGUGUGCUGGCGAGGAGAGGCGGUCGUGCCUUGUGUCCCUCGUGUCCUUGUCCUAGAGCUGGGCUGGGGGGUCCCUUUGUCCUGACCAGGACUGUGUGUGUCUGCAUUGGACACUUUCUAAGAAAUAGCUCAGCAGGACUUGCUUUUGGAGCAAAAGGCAGCACUUGCAGCUCACGUGAGGAGAAAGAGCUGUUUCUGAAGGCUGGAUUUUAUCCAGGGGAGGGGCGAUGGCAGCGCGGCGGGCGCUCAAAGCCGUCCUGGUGGAUCUCAAUGGAACACUUCACGUGGAAGACUCGGCUGUGCCAGGCGCCCAGGAGGCUCUCAAAAGGCUGCGCAGUGCCCCUGUCACCAUCCGGUUCGUGACCAACACGACCAAGGAGAGCAAGAGGGACCUGCUGGAGAGGCUGACGAGGCUGGGCUUUGACAUUGCAGAGAACGAGAUCUUCACGUCCCUGACAGCAGCCAGGAACCUCCUGGAGCAGAAACACGUGCGGCCUCUGCUCCUGGUGGACGACAAGGCCCUGCCUGACUUUACAGGGAUAGGCACUGAUGACCCCAAUGCAGUGGUGGUGGGACUGGCUCCUGAGCACUUCCACUAUGAGAUGAUGAACAGGGCAUUUCGGUUGAUUUUGGACGGAGCUCCUCUUAUAGCAAUCCAUAAAGCCAGGUAUUUCAAGAAGAAAGAUGGGUUGUCUCUGGGACCUGGGCCUUUUGUGACAGGGCUGGAAUACGCGACGGACACCAAAGCGACGGUGGUGGGGAAGCCAGAGAAAACCUUCUUCCUGGAAGCCCUGAGGGGGACUGGCUGUGCCCCAGAGGAGGCCGUCAUGAUCGGAGAUGACUGCAGGGAUGAUGUUGGUGGUGCCCAGGACGCGGGCAUGCGUGGGAUUUUGGUGAGGACGGGUAAAUAUCGACCAGCAGAUGAAGACAAAAUCAAUCCAGCUCCCUACUUAACCUGUGAGAGUUUCCCAGAGGCAGUGGAACACAUCCUAAAGAGUAUGCUGUGAGAAAGGGAGUAGUUGGUUUGGAGGACCAUCUGCUUCACAUAAUUUCCUUCAUUCUUGCUUCAAAAAUUAAGGUCCCAAGAUCAGUCAUUGCAUGUGUGGCAUCAGAAACCUGCCUGCGGUGUGAGGGGCAAAGGGUCCGAGUGGGCCCAGCACAGUCACCACACACAGGGAGCAUGGCAGAGUUCUGCUCAUCUUCAGUUUUCAGGAAAUAUCUGAUGAAAAGCCCUGUCUGGAAAGUGUCACUUUCUGAAGAAUAAGUGAGACUUAUUCUGAAAACAUGCACUAAAAUACCAACAGUAACAGAGCCUUAGUUGGCCUGCAGUGAUUUCACUGAGCUCUUACUUAAAGGUAGAGAUUAUGCACAUUUAGAAGUGACUUUUAAAUUAAAGUACCACUAUUGCUUAAUAAUAA